UGUAGAGUUUACAAGAACAAAACGUCAAGACGUGAUAAUUUGUAUCGGCAGUUUAUCAUUAUCUGUUUUAUAUAGUGAUAGUUUAACACUAAAUAGUUACUUAUCUGCAAGGUAAACACGUAAACAUCGAUGUAGCGAAUGUGGGGAUACGUUUUAGGGGCGAAAGGUCACAAAUUCAGCAAUGGCGGGGUUUAUUUCCUGUUGGACGCAAAAGUUGUAGCGAUCAGGAUUUUUUUAACGGAAAAGGGCGGUCAAGGUCGAGAUAAGACGCCGUCCUGAACUUGGCUGUAACCAUGAAUAUUGGAACUAGCAGCCUGCAUGACAAUGGCCUCCUGUAUGCCGGCUGGAAUCAAGACCAAGGCUGUUUUGCCUGUGGAAUGGAGAAUGGGUUCCGCAUCUAUAACUGUGACCCAUUGAAGGAAAAAGAAAGACAUGACUUCCCAGAUGGAGGCAUCAGUCAUGUGGAGAUGUUGUUCAGGUGUAACUACCUGGCCCUUGUCGGGGGAGGGAAGAGCCCAAAGUUUCCUCCCAACAAAGUUAUGAUCUGGGAUGACCUGAAGAAGAAGCACGUUAUUGAGUUAGACUUCUCAUCAGACGUCAAGGCUGUCAAAUUGAGAAGAGACAGGAUUGUGGUUGUGUUGGACAACAUGAUCAAGGUGUACACAUUCACACAGAAUCCACAGCAGCUUCAUGUCUUUGAGACGUGUAAGAAUUCCAAAGGUCUGUGUGUCCUCUGUCCAAAUAGCAACAACUCACUCCUGGCCUUCCCCGCCAGACGGACAGGUCAUGUGCAGGUCGUUGACCUUGCUAACACAGAGAAGGCGCCGGCCGACAUCGCGGCACACGAGGGUGCCCUGACCUGUAUCACUAUGAACUUACAGGGAACAAGGCUCGCCACGGCCUCAGAAAAGGGAACACUGAUCCGUGUGUUUGACACAGCAUCAUACCAGCUGCUCCAUGAGUUAAGGAGAGGCACAGGAAGUGCUCAGAUAUACUGCAUGAACUUCAACCAGGAUGCAUCCCUCUUGUGUGUGUCAAGUGACCAUGGUACAGUCCACAUAUUUGCUGUGGAAGAUCCCAAGAAAAACAAGCAGUCCAGCCUGGCAGCUGCCAGCUUUCUGCCCAAGUACUUCUCCUCCAAGUGGAGUUUUUCGCGCUUCCAAGUCCCCAACCAGACCCAGUGCAUCUGUGCCUUUGGUUCUGAGCCCAAUUCUGUUAUAGCCAUCUGUUCAGACGGAAGCUACUACAAGUUCCUUUUCAACCCGAAGGGUGAAUGUACGAGGGACGCGUACGCUCAGUUCCUGGAAAUGACCGACGACAAGACGUAAAAUCUGCUACGGCUAGUUCCCUGCAAAACUGUUUUCACAGCUAGCUUGCUUGCUGGUGCAUUCCUAGUCAUUUACUGAAGAUGUGAUGUUUAAAGCUGUAAGAUAGAAUGACUCAAUAUCAUUUGUAUUCUGAAGUACAGAAGCUCUUGGCACUCUUUCAGCCAGUGAGGAUAGUUUGUCUCCUGGCUUGAAGGGAAAUGGGAACUGUUUUUCACAUCAACUAAAAAAUUUGUUAUCAAUUCUACCAAAUGUGGAAAGAUAGUCUCAUAUUUUGAGUUGAAGACUCUUCUGAAACUUUGUAUGCAUCUGCUUGAUAGAUCAAAUUAGGUCACAACUGAUGUCCAGGUACAAUUUGUACAAUGUAUGUAGACACUGUUGGCUGGUCAAAUUUACUGAGACAAGCAGUGAAUUUUGCACUGUAAUGUACUACUAAGACAGUGUUAUUUUAUGUAUCCCCCUUUAAUAGUCAAUUAUAAGAAAUUUGACAACUAAGAUCAUAAAGAUUGUCAGUUUUUUUUUUUUUGCAAAGAUAUUUCUGCAUUUGAAGGAAAAUUUGAUAGGGCCUAAUACCUUCCACUGCACUCUUUACAUCUUUGCAGGGCAAUUAUGAAAAAAUUCAACAAGGGAAAAGAUAAUUUUCCCUUAAAUUAUAAAAUAGAUUGAGCCAAUCUCUAAAUUCUAAGUAGCAUAUUUGUAUUACCUAAAAUGUAUAUAUACAUGUAACAAAGCUUAACUUGCCUUGCUUAAUGUCUAUUAUGAACCUCAUCUACAUGUACUAUUGUUACAUCUUAGUAGAUUAGGGGUCUUGUAGCAAUCCUUUAAGAGACUGUUAUAAUUGUGACAAUUAAAGGAACAUUUUUCACUUA